AUGAAUUUAACUUCUUAGCCUAUAAACAUAGAGGCAAAAAGUCUCAUAGUCUCAUUAAAGUAAAGGGAAUAUACUAAUGAAGAGAUAAAUACUAUUCUUAUCUAACUCGGAUAUGAGUCGACACCAAGAAUAGUCUAGAAUUAAUGGAGAAUUUAUGAAGAAAGAAAGUAAUCUAAGUAAAAAAAAGAAACAAAGAGAGCUCCUCCUUUUAUGCUUAACUCUGAAAAAAUAAAGCAAAUGACCUAUCUUUUCCUUAAUAAUUAAGAAAUGACAGUAAAUAAGGCGUCGAAAUUAUUUGGAAUAGGCAAGUAACAAAUUAGGAGAUAUUUAAUUUAGUUUGGUAUUGGCUGUACGAAGGGCAAAGGAUAAAAAUUUGAAAGAUACACUUUUAAAAAAUUUAACAAAAAGAAAUUGACUUCUUCUGAAAUUGAAGAAAUAGAAAACGAAGAGUUAUAAAAGCGAUUAAAUCGUCCUAUGAUUCAAGAACCAAGUCCGAUAGACCCUUAAUCGCCUCCCAUUUGGAAAAAGAUUGAAAUGAGAAUUAUUUUCCCUAAAAUAAGAUAUGGCUAAGUUCAUUAGUGGGAAAGAUAUUAUGAUAGGCUAAUUAAUGAAGUUAAACUAAAUAGUUUGAAAUUUCUAGAUUUUAAAAGGGGAGAAAAAUUUACUGGUAAAGGCUGCUAUAUUUACAUUUUGUCUGAAUAUGAUUAAAAUGUUUUCUUGGAUAAUUUUACUUUAGAAAAGUUCUUAGAAACUUCUUUACCAGAGGAUUUUUUUGCUGGGAAUUGCCUUAAUACAAAUAAAAUUAGAAUUUUUGAUUACCCAUAUAUUCCAUAAAAUUUACCUCAGGAGGAUAUCAUUAACCUUAAUGAUCCAAAUAUAGAAGAAAUAUUUAAAAAAGUUAAUAAUAAAAUCAAAAACAUGAAUGAAUAAGAAUAACAACAAUUAAACAGUUUAGCACUAUAAAUUCAUUAAUAAUAUUAAAAAGAUGCAAAUAAGUAAUUUAAUCCAAUGAAUAGCGAAUCUUCAAUGAGCGAAGAGGAGCCUGAUUAAGAAUCUAAAAAUAUUUUAUAAAUGAAUUUACAAAAGAAAAUUGCAAAAAGCAAAUUCUUGCCUAAUGUUUAAGGAAUGGAUAUUGAUGAAUAAAAUUAGCUAUUGUUUAAAGAAAUGGAUUAGUUAGAAAAUAAUUAAGAUUAUUAACUAGACAACACUCAAGAUAACUAAUUUUUUGCAAAAUAAGAAGACGUUUUAAAUUGA